AUGCGCCAUGUCGUGCAUUCCGUUGUAGUCCUCACUACUCCAGACCAAACUACUGCCUCCGGAAAAUCAACACAGGCAGCAGCUAUGACAUUAUCCUCUUUUACAACCCUUACACUCUCACCAGAACCCAUUGUUACAUUCAACAUCAAGCGUCCUUCCCGAACACUUGAUGCGCUAAAAGCAAUGGUACAUCCAGAUACACUUCCAGCAAAAAAUCCAAACGAGAGUUAUUUUCACAUCCACAUUUUAGAAAGCAGCACUUAUGCCGCUAGACUCGCCGACCAUUUCUCCCGCGGUGGUCCUGCUUCCUCUAAGGAUCUCGCUUUGAUAUAUCCUAAAUAUAGAACCGCCGACCAUACCGCAAGAGGAAUUAAAAGAACACUCGAAUGUGAGAUUUUGCGAGAUGGGAAUGGUGGGUUUAUUGAUGUGGGUGAUCAUACCUUGGUAUUCGGGAAGGUGAUGAACAUUGGUCGGGACCAAACGAAUCCUCAAAGGAAGAAACAUCCGUGGGGAGGUUUGUGUUAUAUGCACGGGGAUUAUCGUUUAGCAACUCAAAUGACGAGUCCUAACUGGAGAAAAGAUGCAAUUGUGCAAGAAGAUGGUGUUGGAGAUAAGAAGGAAUUGGGUGUAGAGAAAGAUGGAGAGCUUGUCGAGGAUUCGAUAUUGAUGAGUGAAGAAAAGAAUCCGGAAUCAUGA